AUGGACAGCCAAUCAUGGGGCAUGGACUCACUUUUUCCAGGUUACAGCAUCGCCGUGGAGCUUUUCAAGCGACACCUGGGAUUCGACUUGUCCUCGUAUGUUCCCUUCAUUCUUAUUCUGGGAAUGACUGGGUUUGCCUGGACGUACAUCGGGGAGCACGCCCGCAGAAUCAUAAAUACUUGCUUCAUGUCUACUGCAGAGAUUCGACCGGAUGACGAAAUUUACAACGUGAUCAUGUCCUGGGUUGCCAGCCAACCAUUCUGGUCCAACUCAAGGCAUUUCAUUGUCAACAUGGACCUCAACUCGUCGGUAUGGUCUCCGUGGGCGUGGAGAGACGACCUUGAGGAUAGCAUUGUAUCGCCACGGAACGAUAAAUUCCAGCCAAAGCCUCUGGCAUACACGCCCAGCUUUGGCGCACACCUGUUCUGGUACAAAGGGUGGCCGAUUUUCUUCAGGCGGUACAGGGACAACCAGCGAUCGAGUUCCUCGAAUGUGAAAUGUGAGACGAUUAGUCUCUGGUGUUUUGGAUACAGUCCGGCUAUCCUGAAAGAUCUCCUUGACGAGGCUCACAAGGAGUAUCUUAGGAUGGACGAUGACAAGACUAUGAUCUACCGCGCAAACCUGCAGCCACGCUUUGGGCCCACAUGGCAGCGAUGCAUGGCAAGGGAGCCAAGACACUUUUCGACAAUUGUCACUCAGGCCGGUCUGAAAGAGUCCAUCACCGACGACAUCACAGACUAUUUGUCGCCAGAGACUCGGAUGUGGUACACGGACUGUGGCAUUCCAUGGAGGCGAGGAUACCUGUUCGCUGGUCCCCCAGGUACCGGAAAGUCGUCUUUCGCAUUUGCUCUUGCGGGUCACUUCAAGCUUCGCAUAUACACCGUCAGCCUAAGUUCAUCAAACGCAUCUGAAGAGAACUUGGCGUCGCUAUUUACCAAACUCCCGCAGGUCUGCAUCGUCCUCUUUGAGGACAUUGACGCUGCCGGUCUCACUUCAACCAGAGACCCUGCUGCCGGGAAGGACGAGCGCAAGUCUUCUGGUAACGGAAAGCUGUCCUUGUCUGGACUUCUGAACUUGCUAGACGGUGUUGGCAGUCAGGAAGGUCGCAUCCUGAUCAUGUCGACCAACCACGUCGAGAACUUAGACAAAGCGCUUAUCAGGCCUGGCCGCGUAGACAUGACUGUUCACUUCACAACCGCGGAUACCCAGAUUACAGCAGCAAUUUUCCGAACUGUUUUCGCGUCAUUGAACAAAACAGUCACGGGAGAAAAGCCCAGCCAUGGUGAACAAAGGUCUCGGGAAGCUUCUUCCCGAAUUCAGGAACUUUCGAAGCAGUUUGCCGCCAAGAUACCUUCGGGCGAAUUCAGUCCGGCUGAGGUCCAGGGGUAUUUGAUUAAGCACAAAAAGCAACCGGAAAUUGCUAUUUCUGGUGCCGAGGACUGGGUGCAAGCUAUGAGACUAGAGAAGGUGGCUGUGAAAACCUCCGCAGCUGUCCCUGAUAAGGGGGAGGAGGAAAACAGUGCCCAGAACAUGGGCGAAGAUAGUUCCGAUGGGGAUUCGAAUGCCUGA